AACCAACAACGAGCAUCAAAUUAAUUGUUUAUUUUAUUGGAAAAUCUAAAAUUUUAAAAAUGAACAAAUUUCUUAUUGUGUUUGUUGCCCUCUUUGGAGCCGCUGUUGCCCAGGAUAACUUCAAAUGCCCAGAUGAUUUUGGAUUUUAUCCACAUGAUAUAUCCUGUGAUAAAUAUUGGAAAUGCGAUAACAAUGUGGCUGAAUUGAAAACUUGCGGCAAUGGCUUGGCAUUCGAUGCUUCCGAUCCUAAAUAUUUAACUGAAAAUUGUGACUAUUUACAUAAUGUUGACUGCGGAGAUCGUACACAAUUGGAACCUCCAAUUUCGACUCCCCAUUGCUCUCGUUUGUAUGGUAUCUUCCCGGAUGAGAAUAAAUGUGAUGUCUUCUGGAACUGCUGGAACGGUGAACCAUCUAGAUAUCAAUGUUCUCCCGGUUUGGCUUAUGAUCGCGAUGCUCGCGUUUGUAUGUGGGCUGAUCAAGUGCCCGAAUGCCGAAAUGAAGAAGUUGCCAAUGGUUUCUCUUGCCCUGCGGCCGGUGAAUUGGCCAAUACUGGUUCAUUCUCAAGGCAUGCUCACCCUGAAGAUUGCCGUAAAUAUUACAUUUGCUUAGAGGGUGUAGCUCGUGAGUAUGGUUGCCCCAUUGGUACAGUAUUCAAGAUUGGUGAUGGUGAUGGCACCGGCAACUGCGAAGAUCCCGAAGAUGUUCCCGGCUGUGAAGACUACUAUGGCGAUUUGGAUUUGAAGAGCAUCCGCAAAAGUGAACUUUUAGCCGGUCUGAACAAUGAAGGUCGCAAGAGCGCAUCAAAAGCCAAAGCUGCCUCCUCAUAAACUCAUACUAGACACUAGUAACACUUUACACACUCACAAAAAACGCAUACACACACAUAAACAAAAAACAAAAACAGAAACAAAAACAACAACAACAACAACAACAAUUAGUUUUGAACACUUCCUCCACUAACAAUACUAUAAAAACAUUUUUUAACUGCACAAACAAAAUUUCAACACUUUUCUC